AAUAAUUUAAAAUAUUCAUGUCAUAAUAUUCGAUAAUUGAAACGAUUAUCGAUAAUUUUGUACUCGAAAUAUAUCGAAAUUGAUAACUGAAAGUUAAGUUUAGUAUUAUAUGUUUUAUGGACAGUGAUUGCAUUAGAAAUUAUUUAUUAAUUAUUUAUUUAUUAUUAUAAAUUAAACUCGGAUUUAAUAAAAAUGCCUGGUAUAGAACAUCGCAGUCAAACUCCAUUCAUACAAUGGCUUCGAGAUUUUGGUCGAGGUAGAAAACAUGUAUCAAGUCUAAGACAUGCAGAUGGUAUUGCUGCACGUACACAACCACCUCCACAUGUACCUGGAGGACCAUAUCAUAAAAGCUCAAAAGUAUAUUACUAUACUCGUGAUGCUAGACGUCUUGUACAACCACCAAUUGAAAUAUAUACAGAAGGUCAUUUAGAAGCAGGGAAAAUUGAUACAACUAAAAUAAAAUUAGAAGCAUUAUCAAAACCACAAUAAAAUAAAAUAUGAGUACAAUGAUAUA